AUCUCUAUUAACUGAGACUUAGUAAUUGUUUAAAGCCCUCUAGACGCGGUGGUGCAUUGUGAGUUUUUGUGAAUGUAUCACACAAUAUUGUUGGUGGGUGAAUUGAUCUAGCAUUUUGUGUGAACGUUUGCAAUGUAAACGUUGAAAGCUUAAAGUGUGUGCAACGUGGAUAUCAGAAUCCCAAACAAAACGCAACAAGUAUAAAAUUAGCUUCGGACAGUCGCAGCGCAGCCGUUCUCUGUCCGUGCAGUGUUGAAAGUUCGCAGCUAUCCUGCUCUUGCGCACAGUGAAUUCGUAACGCGUCUUUCUAUAUUGCACAUCUGCGCCGGCGCUACGGUUCCAUGCGAGUUAACACUUAUAGCUGAGGCGCGCGUCGCGAAUCCAUUUAUGAAUUCAAAGACACACAAUAAACAAUCAGCAGUAUUUAUUAAUUACAAGACUUAAGUUAUUCGGCAGCAAAAACCAACCAAGGCACAGCGAUAAUUAAGCAGAGUAACCCUCCUAAACAAAAUAACAAGAACAGCUAAAGAAACCAUAACGAGCAGACAAACCUGGAACGAAAACCAUAUCAAAGCAAAGUAAAACUAACAAUUAACUUGGCUAAGCUUGCUCUACCUACCAUUUGUUCGUUGUGAUAGAAACCAGAAAACUCGCACUGCGUAACCACAAGCACCAAAGAGGCAACAACAACCGUAACAACAACAGCAACGACGACAACAACAACCACAAGACAAGAACAUACAAUAGAGACAAAGUGUAUCAAUUAUAAUACGGGUGCAAGCUGAGCAAUCCGAACUUACCAAAGAGGCAGUCAUGUUGGCGACAACAACAUCAACAGCAGCUGCAGCAACAACAACAACAACAACAACAACAAGGAGACAAUCUACAACCACAAUUACCUCAGAUCCGGGCAUUCUGUGUUUUCAUCACUGCAACGUAAAAGUUUUCUGCUUCGUUCUGCCCCUCACUUGUCCCCAUUGCAAUGCGCAACUGGAUGCGGAUGCGGAUGCGGAUGCGAAUACGAAUGCGGAAGGGUCCGCAAAUGGUACACCAAACGCAUCUGGUGUUGGCAACAGUAGCCCUAACCCCAUGACCAUUACCAUUACGAGACUGCUGCCCUUUCGCUUGCCCUAUCCCUUUGUCCGGGCCACACAGCAUCCAUGUGCAAUCGUUCUGCGUCCCUCCACAGGCGACUUUCUCAACGAUUACAGCAACGCCACAGAUUUGCAUAUCGCGGUGACCACAUCCGGCGGCGACAUUGUCGAAUUCGAUAGGGAUGGACUGCAGCGGCAUCGGCGCGACGAUAAUCCUCGCGACUGGUGGCAAUCAUUGCUGGUGGGCGAUGUGCCAGAGCCGUGGCAUUACUACUGGGACGAGGUGCUCGAACAGAUUUGUGGCGACUCAACGCGCUGGUCCAUUGCUCGCUAUGAGGAGAGCAGCCACAAUUGCUACACCUUUGUGCUGGCCUUCCUGCAGGCCCUCAGCUAUGCCCAGCUCAGCGACGCGGCCCGCACCAAGACCAGCUUCUGUGAGAAGUACAUUGUGCCCCGAACGACAACGGCUGGCAAAUACAUCUCGCUUUACCGCCGACUGCGCCUGGCGGGCGUUCACGUGCAACGCCACCAGCCCAAGCAACGGCUCUCCAAAUUAGAUGUCGCCGAUGGUAAGGAUCUCAAAGUGGCCAACACAAAAGCCGGCACCAAUGGCUAUAUAUGCCAUGGCAGCACUACGUACACAGCACGUUCCCAUCCACGUCAAACGCUCUGCACAAUCGAAGAGUAGACGAAGUCUCCAACUAAUUCACCUUCAAUUCAUUUAAUUAGUGUAGUAAGAUAUGCUCUGUUGAAAUAUAUCUUUAAUCAAACUAUCGAUUGUAGCUUUCGUCUUUACUAAUCUAUUGAUAUAAACACUAUAUAACUUUAGCUAUAAAAUAAAGGCGGAUGUACAGUCAU